UAGGAGAUGCGCACGCGCCGCGUGCGUUUGUUAUACUAAAGUGUGAGAAUUUGGUGCGACAGAUAAACCAAGAUGCUGAGUAUUGUGACACUGUUCGCCGCUACGGUGGCGCUAGUAGUAGCUGAGGCGAACCCCGCCAACAUCUUUAAAAUCGACAUCACCCCCGAGGAGGCGCAGCAGUAUCUGAACAAUCCGCCAUUCACGGAGCCCCAGCUGUCUGGACGGACAGCUGUCUUGCCACUGGUUAAAUACAACGAUCCUAGGUUUCGGGCGGCCGAUGCUGGCCCCACUCUAGGCCACUACUGGAAGAAUGGACGCGAGAUUGAAAACACUGAGGAUUAUUUAGAAGAGGUAGGUUUUUUAUGUUUUAAUGUUUUUUUUAUACAACUUAGAAUGGCAAACAAGCAGACGGCCCACCUGCAAAUUUGCGACGUCACUGGCUCAUAUUAGGUGUAUAAAGCUGGAAGCAGCAAUGACUUGAUCAAGGUUAGAUACUGGGCGGAUAGCCAAGGCUUCCACCAAGAAGAUAAUCUUCCAAAAUACCAACCGCAGCCAGUGCAAGAUACUGAAGCAGUGAGACUAGCCAAGAUCGCUCACGAGAAGGCAUGGAGGGAGGCGGCCGAUGCUAACCUUCAUCCUAACCAAAAUUUACAACAACAGCAGCCCCAGUAUCAAAAUCCACAAAAUAGCCAAAUAUACAAUCAAAGAUACCAACAAAGUUUCCAUGGGCAACAAGGAAAUCCAGGAUUCGGGUCACAACAAGGUAGCCAAGGUUAUCAAGGUCAACAAGGAUAUCAAGGAUUACAAGGUCAAGGUCAAAGCCAAGGUGGCCAAGGAUACCAAGGUCAACAGGGAAGUAAUGGGUUCGCAAGUCAGCAAGGUUUUGGUGGACAGCAAGGACCUCACGCCCAACCAGGCAAUCAAGGAUUUGGUCAACAAGGAUUCCAAAGCCAACAGGCGGGUCAAGGCCAAGGUUUCGGCAGCCAACAAGGAAGUCAAGGACAAUUUCCAAGUCAACAGGGAUUCCAAGAUUUCCAAUCUCAAGGCUCUGCCCCGCAAAGCUAUGUAGCUAAGCCUGAAGAUAACUCCCAGAAUCGUGAAGGGAGAUCUUACGAGCCGAACUACGGUGGUCAAGGUCAGGGCCAGUACGGAGCGCAGGCAGUAGCCAGUGCGCAGUAUAAAUCUGUACCAGAACAGUAUCAGAAGAAUGCUCAGCAACAGUACGAGUCUGGUCAAUACGACCCUAAAUACCAGGAUCCGGAGCCCACUGGUCCUCCACGAGGUUUCUUUUACAGCUAUACUUAUCCUGUAUCUAUCAUUACAUCGAAGAGCGAGCUUCAAGGCGGGGCUGCGAACCCUGGACAUCCAGUAGACCAUGACACAAUAGGAGUGUCUGGCCAUCACUAGCAGGGAAGCGAGAGGUUAAAAUUUAAGGUGCUAUUAUAAGACAUUUUAAUUUGUAAAAUAAUUUGAAAACUGUAGUAACUAAUAUUGACAGAAUAAAAAAAUGUUUCGAUCCCAAAUAAGAGGAUAUAUUAAAUAUAACUGCAAAAAACAAAAAUAAAUGAGCGAUCUAGGUGCAAGUUAUAUUCUUGGUGUUCUUUACACCAAGAAUUAGUUUGAAUGGUUACAAAUCUACUCCUUUAACAACUUACUUUAUUUCAAGGCGGCCAUUAUUAUAAAUACAAUGACAUUAUUCAGUUGAUUUUCUUAGAAUAAUAAUACUUUGAUUGAUGUAUCUAAUUUAUAAAAUCAAAUACCUCGUGUUAUUCGAAAGAAUUGUUCUACAUUAUCAUAAAAAUGGAUUCAAAUUUUAUUUUUGUAUUUUUGGUCUUUUUUUUAUAUUAUAUUAUUAUAUUAGUUACUCCAUUGGAAAAAAAUAUUGAUUUAGUUUUGCGAUGGUAUUUUUUUUUCAUGGCUCGUUUAAUUGCUACGUAAGCAAUAACUUUCAAUUGCUUUCUCCAACAAUUUUAGUAGUAGUUAAAUCACAAAUGACUUCCCGAUUACUAUAGCAGGAAGCUAUUAGUGAUUGUCUUCGACUAGUUUGUAUUGGAAUAUGACAGUUUGUAUGUGACGAGUACAUUUUGUUAAAUCGAUUCCCAUUGUUUGUAUCAACUGUUCAAACAAGGUUAAUAACGUUGCCAUUUAGAAGUAGGUUAUGCUAGUUUUUCUGUCACAUUAUGGUACAUAAUUAUAGUUAUUAUAAUUACUCUACUUUUUAUAUUUUUAAUUAUAUUUAAAUUUAAAUUGUAUAAACUUGUACUAUUUCUGCCUCAUACUUUAUUUUUAUAUAAAUAAUAUACAAAUUUAUUAAUUUACGUAUAGAGAUUUAUUAAAUUUGAAAUAAUGUAAAUUAAAUUAUUUAUUUUACUUUCAUAUAUUAAGUAUAGUUAAUAUUUAUUAUUCAUAUACUUAAUAUUUUUUUUAUGUAUUUUAAUUUAUUUUGAGGAUAAAAUAAAUAUCAGUGUACCAUAAUGACUAUUGCAUGUUGUAUGUAGUUUGAUUGGUGUUUAACAGUAUAACUUAACAUUAGUACUCAAAAGGAUCACAAUUUCUUAUUAUUAUAUAUUUGUAAACAUUAUUUUCAGUUAUAUAUACUUGGCCUCAAUUUUACUGGUGCCUAAUUUAAAUAGUAGAAUACUAAAAUGACAAAAUACUGUAACGAAAUAUAACUAUUUGCAUUCUAUUGAAGCUUAAAUUACCCAAUUGAGGGCCAGAAGAUUUGUUUUAGAUCUAUACUUGUAUUUACAAAAUAAAAGUAACCUUAAAAAUAAUGUUGGCAAAAAAAAAAAGAGGAAAAAUAAAUAGAAAAUGCCAUAGAAGGUGCCAUAAUUUAGAAAUUGAAUAUCGAAAUUUUCUUUAUUUGAGUUAAACUCUUGAACCCAUUCAUUCUCUUGAAUAAUUUGUAUGGUAUAUUACCGUAGUUUAUAACUUUACACAUUACAGGUCAAGUGUAAUUUUAAAAACGUUGUAUAAAUAUAUAAAAAUUGUAUCGACAAAGUUUACAUACAUUUGAUUAUGUUUAUAACAAAUUAUACAAAAAAUUAAAUCAGCAAGAACAUUUAAUUUUAUUCAAUUUAAAGCUAAUGACAAAUGUAAAAUAGAAUAGAAGUGUAAUUUUAUUUUUUUAUAUAAAUAAAGCAUUUCGUCUUGA